GGCUGCAGCCACGGCCCAGCGAGGCCUCCAUCCUGUCCCCGGAGGAGUCCGACUUCACCACCCCAGGAGACUGCGCGAGCUUCGCGGCGCACCACGCCGUGUCCUACAUCAACGUGGGCGUCUUCCAUGCGUUUGACGAGGCGGGCGUGGAGGUGUGCUGCGGCGGGCACCCGUCGGUGGAGCUGCCAGGGGAAGCGCCCUCGGACCCAGACCUCAAUGCCUCCUACCCCUAUUGCUGUCGGCCCCCGUGUGAGAUGGCGCGCCCGUGGGAGCCUAGCCGGGCCUGCUGAGUCCAGGCCCGAGCGGCCUGGGACACCUGAAAGGGCAGCAGUCGGGCUUUGCUUGGCGUUGUGCCUGUGCGUGGCUUGGCACUUUUCUGGCCCAGCCCUGUGAGAUCUGCCAGACCCUAGGACACUCCGGUGUUCUCCUUUCUGUGUGAGGAGGUGGCUCCCUCUGUGUCAUUCGUAUCCGGACUCCAUUUAAAGUUUACAAUAAAUGUUUGGGGUGGCCUUGCGGAUCACACACCUCUUAGACAAGUCCGUACCCCAGGACUGCGCUCAGAGGUCCUGGGUCCAAUGGGCAAGAACAGAACUCUUAUGGAAGGUGAAUUUCGUGUGGAGGACCUCGGCUGAGAGUACAAAGCAGUUGGAACUGUAGGAACAGAAGUGAAGAACAACCAACAGCAACACUUUGUACCCGGAUGUGCCUGCUUCUGUCCACACUUUCUUACUGUAAAGCUCUCCAUAAACAGUGAAAAUGUUUGGUAAAUUUAUUGCAAUUUGACAUUGGUGAGUUCCUUUAUUAAAUUGAUUGCUAUGUUACUGGAGAAUUUCAUCAGCUUGGAAUUAGAGGAUGUCUACACUCAGAUCAGCCUGGGGGAGAGUGUCUGAAUUGGAACAGACAAAUGCUGAGUUAGAACAGCUGUGUUCUGCUAGCUGGUUGACUAGGUCCAGCCUGUCUCUGAGCAAACUGCUGUGCGUGCGUGGAGACACUGAUGCCAGACCCCUGCAUUUCUGUUUUUGGAAACUGGCUGUGUGGUUUCUACUGCAAAGCAGUAGGUUUUAUUUUUGGUUAACACAUAUGAACAGUUUAAUCCUAUUUUGAAAACUCAAAGUCCUAGUUUUUCUGCAAAGAUAAAGUUCCUGUUAACUCAAUAAUCUGGUAAUUUUGAUUAUAUAGCAUUUCAUUUAAAGUACACCACUUUAAUAGCCUUAAUGAAUGUGAAGGACAUACCUUUAAGUGAGUUUAAUAUACGUGUAACCAUUUGCACACAAAUGAAAUGAGUUCUCUAUGA